AGCCGUUACGUGGCCCGCGCCGCCCUCUCUCCCCCCUUUUCUUCUGCUCCCCCAUCGUCCCCUCCCUCUGCGAGAAGGGAGCAGCAGCAAGGCGGAAGCCACGAGUGUUCCUGACCCCGCAUCCGGACGCCUCGCCGCCGUCUUCUGGCGCUUUCUCUUUCGAGGGGGUGAAAGAGGAGGUUGGUGCAAAGAUUUAGCCAGCCGCAAUGGUUCCAUCAGAGAGGGGGAGCGUCGCCACCGCCGUCAGCACGGCUGCCGCCGACAAGCUGCUCCAUGGGCCUAUCACUGGCAAGAAGUGCAAGAAGGCGGCCCCAAGGAAGGUUCAUAAGGCUGAGAGGGAGAAACUUAAACGCGACCACUUAAAUGAUCUCUUCGUUGAGCUGGGUAAUAUGCUAGAAGCAGAUAGGCAGAACAAUGGGAAGGCAUGCAUACUCACUGAUACUACUCGGAUACUAAGAGAUCUGCUUGUUCAAGUAGAAUCUCUUCGCAAGGAACAUAGCAACCUUCAGAACGAAUCUCAUUAUGUUGCAAUAGAGAGAAAUGAGCUGCAGGAUGAGAAUGGUGUGCUCCGCAAAGAAAUUUCAGAGCUUCAAGACGAGUUGAGAAUGCGGUCUUCCAGCAAUCCAGCAGGUUGGGGCCAUGGAACUGCUGGAUUGAACCCCUCUGUUCUGAACCCCGCAAGUGCAGUAUUCUCAUCCCAGCAGGCUAUGCAACCACCCACCAUUGCAAGCACUAUAUUCCCCAUGCAGCAGCCACUGGCACCAUCAGCAGUGAUCGAGCAUCCAUAUGCCACACCGCCACCACUGGAACUGAAGCUCUUCCCAGGAGCUGCAUCUGUUGAAGUUUGCAAGCCAUCAGAAGACCAGGAGGCUCCCAACCAUGUGGCACGACCACAAGCAAGGUACCCGACACAAUCAGCCUCAUGGCCAGUGACCUUGUUCUCUGGCCUUCCAAGAAUGGAAGAUGAGCAGUGCAGUAGCAGCACAACCAGCAGCAGCAAGGAGGCAAGCACAGAUAGAGAUUGAGUAGAUCCAACAAUCUAAAGAGUUUCUGUUUUGAGCCUAGUGGAUGUACUGACAGUGACAGCCAAGUUGUGUGCAUGUAAAUAUGAUUCUCCUUUUUUCUUAUCUCAGAACGAUAGAUUAUACUCUGAUGGAAAUAGCACCCUCCCCUUAGAAUUUUUGUUGAUGAA